UUAUUAAAUGGUGAAUGGUUCACACACUUUUAUUACCAUCCAGAAAUAGAACUGUUUCAAAGUAUUGUAAAUCCUUUAAAGUUUUCGGUAUAUUUGUAGAAAUUUUUGAGGAAACAAGUGCUUGCUGUAAUUGACUUUUCCGAUCGUCCGCCAUUUUAUAUGUUCAUUGGAGAGCGGGGUGGAUGGAGAGUGAAUUAUAGGGUGUAUUCCGUUUUGUGCUCUUGUUUUUAAUGUAAUAUUUUCCCUCCUCAAAUCUGAAUUUUUAUCGACGGGCGAGAAAUGAAGAGAUAAAACAGCAGCUUAAAGUUUACUUUAAUAAUUAUCUGUUUCCUCACUGCGCAGUGGAGUGAAGUCACCUGAUAGUGUAAUUCGGUAGUUUAGUGGCCCAGAAAUACGAUUUUGGGACAUUAAUUACUGUGUGUGUAUUACAUAGCUUUAAAACUGAAGACCUACACGGGAAGCGACAUGAGUCGACCCGAGUCGGGGAAAAUUACAGUUCCCGACGAACUGAGAGAAGUCCUUUUAGAAUUCACCAUUAGUUAUUUAUUGGAACAACCUGGCGAUGUUGUAGAGUAUGCAGUUGAAUUUUUCCAAAAACUGAAGGAAAAUAGAAGUACUCAAAUCAUUAGACUGGAUACAGCGGGUUCGCCUGACGAAUCUGUGAUAUCCACAGAAGAAGAGCCACCUGUGGCGAGAUUCUCGACACGACGUAAAUCUGUUUUUGCAGAAGCGUAUAACCCUGAAGAUGAUGAGGAUGAUGGUGAGAAGGUUAUUUAUCCAAAAUCUGAUGGUCAGAGACAAAGAUUGGCAGAUAGUGUGAAGCAUAUCCUUCUUUUCCGAUCAUUGGAUAAGGAACAAAUGCAGGAUGUAUUGGAUGCAAUGUUCGAAAAGAAAGUGGCUGCUGGAGAAUACAUUAUAAGGCAAGGAGAUGACGGUGAUAAUUUUUAUGUCAUUGAGAGUGGGAUCUACAAUGCCUAUGUAGCAACAGAGCCAGGAGCAGAACCUAAACAUAUCCAUACAUAUGAAAACAAUGGUAGCUUUGGUGAGCUGGCUCUUCUGUACAAUAUGCCCCGUGCUGCCACAAUUCAGGCAGUUACAGAUGGAUCUCUAUGGGCAAUGGACAGACAAACAUUCAGACGCAUAUUGCUGAAGAGUGCAUUUAAGAAGAGAAAGAUGUAUGAGACCCUUAUAGAAAGUGUACCUAUGUUGAAAGCCCUCCAGGCAUAUGAGCGCAUGAACUUGGCAGAUGCACUGGUCCCUCGUUCAUAUACAGAUGGUGAACUCAUAAUAAAGCAAGGUGAUCAGGCAGAUGGUAUGUACUUUGUGGAGGAUGGUUCUGUGAAAAUUACCAUUGUUGGAGACAGUGGGCAUGAAGUUGAGAUUAAUCGGAUUAACAAAGGAGGAUACUUUGGUGAACUGGCACUUGUUACCCAUAAACCAAGAGCAGCAUCAGCGUACGCUGUUGGUCAGAUUAAGUUAGCAUUUCUGGACGUGGAAGCAUUUGAGAGACUAUUGGGGCCAUGUAUGGAAAUCAUGAAGCGGAACAUUGAUGACUAUGAAGAUCAGUUGAUUCGCAUUUUUGGCUCAAAGUCAAACAUUAGCGACAUUCGAUGAAGUAUCAUUACUUUUAGUUACUAGUCCCUCGGAAAGUACCUAUUUUCAUACUGUGUUCUCUCUUUUAUUUAUUGUAUGUAGCAACAUACCUAGUUGUACAAUUUUAAAACAAUAUAAAAUAUUACGGAAUACAUUAAUGUUAUGCAUUGCAUGUUCAAUGGUAGGUGACAAUUUCAGUUAGACUUAAAAAACAGCUGUUGCAGGAUUGCUUUUAAAGUAAACUGCUUUAUUGCAGUAUAGCUCAGUUUAGUUCCCUGGUUAUCUCUUUUUGUAUCAGACUUCUUCACCUUAUGCAAGAAACAUACUUAGUGUUCUUCAUUCUUUCUUCAAUUCAUUGUGUAUAAUAGACUGAAAACAAAUGUUAAAGAGCAUGGCUGUUGCACAGACAGUUGAAAGCCUGUGCCAUAAGUGCGUCAGUAGCUUGUGCUUGUAGUUAACGAAGUUACUGCAGAAGUCUUCCUUGAUCCCUGCACGAUAGAAGUUGAAAAUAACUAAGUGUAUAUUCAUUCUGCCCUUGGUGCAGGUGGACAUUAAUAAUUAAAUAUUCAUUCAGGCCAUUUACACCUUAUAUACGGUUUCAGCUGCUGUAUUAGGGAUUUGUGCAGCAGCCCAUCAGUUGCUCUAUUUGCAAUAAAAGAUGAUUGUGUCGUAAAAUUUUGUAAUCCAUUGAUAGUACAGCAUUUAAUAGUAACAAGCGUUUUAAUGAAGAUAUUUUUCAGUAAUUAUCGUACGUGUUAUUGUCGUUAUUCAUCAGAUCAGUCACUGCCAUAAAAUUCAAGCACUGGCUUUUUCUCUAAUGUUGUUAAAAUUUUCCUGAUUUUGAAAGAUUCUUUAUAUUAAAUGGAUGAUUAAGUGUUGUCAGAAUGACUGGAAGUGGAAUUAUUAUGGUCCAAAUGAUGUUAACAUUUACUGUCUAAACUUAUUGUGUGGCACUUUUGUGGUAAGGAGGUUAAAGUCCUUCAAGUUUCUAGUCACCCAUCAGACAAAGCACACUACAAUGUCCAGAUUUUAUUUAUUGCAUAAAUGUAAGAAAAGUAUGUGUUUCCCUUUUUUAAGAUUGUUAUCUUUUGCAAGUACAGAGAGGAUCCAAAUUACUUGCCACUUCGAUUAUUAUGUAAGUUUGCAGACUUGCUAACAGAGAGAAAGUUAAAUGGCACCCACUAUGAUCAUCUCUGGGGCACAUGGUGAACUAUUGAUUGCGCAUUCCAUUUAUAAGUUAGUACAUGUAAAGUAAAUAAUAUGCAGAAAUUGACAUUAUAUUUAAAUGAAACUUGUUUGAUGAAACAAAUUUGGGAAGAAAAAGAUAACCAAAAACAGAGACGUGAUAGAAUAACAGGUUAAAAAAGAAAUUCUAAU